AUGAAGCUUUUUCAGACAACUGUUAGAUUUUUAGGACAUAAUAUUCAUAAUGGAACAAUUAUUCCUAUUAAUCGAAGUAUGGAAUUUGCUUCCAAAUUUCCAGAUGAAAUAAAGGAUAAAACACAGUUACAGCGAUUUUUGGAUAGUUUAAACUAUAUUCAUGAUUAUUACCCUAAUCUUGCUACUGAUGCAGCAAUUUUAUACAGUCGUCUUCGCAAAAACCCUCCUAUUUGGGGUCCAGAACAUACUGCAGCAGUUAAGAAAAUUAAGGCUAGAGUUCAAACUCUUCCUUGUUUAUGUUUACCUCAUCCCGAAUGGAAAAAGAUUGUUGAAACUGAUGCCUCAGAUUUAGGAUUUGGUGGCAUAUUAAAACAAUUUAAUCCAAAUACUAAUAAAGAAGAACUUUUACGUUUUCAUUCAGUUGAUUGUUCUGUUGCCAAACAAAUAUUUAAAAAAGAUGUUGCCAAUUUAGCUCAACGCCAGAUUUUUGCUACUUGGCAGGCAACCCUUUCUGUCUUUGAUUUUGACAUUGACUAUAUUAAAGGUGAAAAUAAUUCCCUUCCAGAUUUUCUAACUCGUGAAUAUUUGCAGAAAUCACAUGCAGGUAAUCCCGGGGAAUCUUCUAGCAAAUCUGCUAAAGAUGUCCUUCUUGCUCCUGAAACUGCUUACAUCCAGAAUACUAUUAGAGAAGAAACUAUCCUCUACAUAGAUUCUUCCGAUGUUCAAUGGAUGAUUUCUUUGAAUGGCGGAUCAUUUCCAUCAUGGGGGAGGUUCUCCGCAUGCCGGGGGCGAGCCAGACAUCAUGUCACUGCCUCCGAGGAUUCGGCCUUUUGA